UGGGAGCCAGGAGUAGAGAUGGUGUCGGCAGGAAGCCGUGGGCUCUGGGUUUCCCGGGAGGACAGUCAUUAAACAUGGAUUCAGCCACACAGCUGGCAGACCGGAGGGGACAGGGGCUCAGACCCAGGCGCUGGAACCCCAGCCCUUCCCAGGCCAGACCCUGCUCCCUGGCCUUUCCUGCCUAGCUCUGAUCUCCCCCUCCCCUUCCCAGGGCACCAAGCUGGCUGGGAGCAUGAAAGGCCCCAGCUGGGGGCUCCCUGCCACCAGUGCUGGGUCCUAAGAGCUGCCAUCCAGGCUGGCUGUCCGCAUGGCGACCCCAGCCUCAGCGCCAGACACACGGGCUCUGGUGGCAGACUUUGUGGGCUACAAACUGAGGCAGAAGGGUUAUGUGUGUGGAGCUGGCCCUGGGGAGGGCCCAGCAGCGGACCCGCUGCACCAAGCCAUGCGGGCAGCUGGAGAUGAGUUCGAGACCCGCUUCCGGCGCACCUUCUCCGACCUGGCAGCCCAGCUGCAUGUGACUCCUGGCUCAGCCCAGCAACGCUUCACCCAGGUCUCUGAUGAACUCUUCCAAGGGGGCCCCAACUGGGGCCGCCUGGUGGCCUUCUUUGUCUUUGGGGCCGCGCUGUGUGCCGAGAGUGUCAACAAGGAGAUGGAGCCACUGGCGGGGCAAGUGCAGGAGUGGAUGGUGGUCUACCUGGAGACGAGGCUGGCUGACUGGAUCCGCAGCAGCGGGGGCUGGGCGGAGUUCACAGCUCUGUACGGGGACGGGGCCCUGGAGGAGGCGCGGCGCCUGCGGGAGGGGAACUGGGCGUCAGUGAGGACAGUGCUGACAGGGGCCGUGGCACUGGGGGCCCUGGAGCUGGAAGCGAUCAAAGCCCGAGUCCGGGAGAUGGAGGAAGAAGCCGAGAAGCUCAAGGAGCUGCAGAACGAAGUGGAGAAGCAGAUGAACAUGAGCCCGCCGCCGGGCAAUGCUGGCCCAGUGAUCAUGUCCAUUGAGGAGAAGAUGGAGGCUGAUGCUCGGUCCAUCUAUGUUGGCAAUGUGGACUAUGGUGCAACAGCCGAAGAGCUGGAGGCACACUUUCAUGGCUGUGGUUCAGUCAAUCGUGUUACCAUACUCUGUGACAAAUUCAGUGGCCACCCCAAAGGGUUUGCAUACAUAGAGUUCUCGGACAAGGAGUCAGUGAGGACCUCCUUGGAGCGCUGCGAUGUUAUCCCAAAGCGAACCAACAGACCGGGCAUCAGCACAACAGACCGGGGCUUCCCACGAGCGCGCUACAGGGCCCGGACCACCAACUACAACAGCUCCCGUGCUCGGUUCUACAGCGGCUUCAACAGCAGGCCUCGGGGUCGUGUCUACAGGGGCCGGGCUAGAGCGACAUCAUGGUAUUGCCCUUACUAAAAAAAAGUGUGUAUUAGGAGGAGAGAGA